CUAGUGUGUGUGUGUGUGCGUGUGUGUAUGCCAAUGAGUGUGUGAGUGAGUGCAACAUGACAACCCCAAGCUGAAAGUGUCGCGUGUGCGAUAUAGUGUCUGUGCGUCCUGUGCGUGUGUGUGUGUGAUUGUGAGAGGGAGUCUCACCCUACAACCAACACCAUGCCGUCGUACAAGAUGAACUCCAUGUCUGGAUUAUCGGUGCUCAAGAAGCCUUUCUCGUGGAAGUUUGGAUACCCUCGCUUCCAGAAGAAGGUGAAGGUCCAUUUCCUUGAGAAGGAGUCCAAGGGCGGCGAGGAGGAGUUCCCCUGGGAGGACGUGCUGGAGGGUCUGACGGCCGACCCGCCGACCACCGUCACCGACUUCAGCUGGGACUUCACGCGCCACGAGCGGGUCGACCCGCUGCCCGACCUGGGCGUCGACCUCACGCACUCGAGCGCCUCGAGCGCCGCCAACUCCAACAGCGCCGAGGACGACUCGGACGACGCGGCAUCGCUGCGGGCGGUGGGUGGCCCGUCGUCCCGCCCGGAGGGGAAGGACCUGGACUGGGACCAGGACGAGCCGGACGCUGCCUACAGCUCCGUCAUACGGAGGGGCGCGCAGUCCCUGCCCGUGACCAUCUGCAGAGGGUUCGAGGAUGCUGACGACGGCCUCGGCGACGAGGACAACAGCGAGGACCCCGUGUACGCCAACUGCCUGCUGGAAGACGAGCCGCUGUACGAGAACUUCUCGCAUCAUCUGAGCGGACUGGGCGGCCUGGGCCACUACAUCGACCACGACCCGCUCGACUACUCGGACGACGAGGAGCACAUCUACGAGCACGUCCACCACGUGCACGGCCACCACCGCGACGGCGACGUGCACCCGCACCACCACCCGGUCAACGUGUUCCUGGCGCUGCUGCAGGGCUCGGCCCCCAUCAGCCCGGACCCCAACAUCUACGAGGUGCCCCCCGGCGCGAUCCGCUGCACCACCCGCGACCUGGACUGCUUGGACUCGGCGCGCAACAUCACCCCGCCCAGCGGCUUCCAGGAUUACGAGAAGCUCUCGUGGGUGCGAGCGGCAGGCAGCAUACGCAGUGCGGCCGCCUUCUACGACGACGACCCCCUCGACGGCCACCACUACCUGCGCGUCGACACGCUCCGGGACACUGUAGUGUCAGCCGCCGCCCAGGACGAGGAGGACCGCCACAAGCUCCCCGUCGAGGUCAUCUACUCGACCAUUGUCAAGCCGCGACGGAAAAAGAAGCAGCGUCCCGCCAUCUCCGCCAUGCUGCAGAUCGCCGCCAGCAUGCAGCCCACUCAGCAGGUCGCGCCGGACAGCCCACCCCAGGGCGAGGGCGUCGUCGUGGUCGCGCAGGUCGUCGACAAGGACACGGAGUCCCUGCAGCCACAGGGUGACGUCAACGACAACUUUAUUGUGGUUGACGGCACAGAGGGCCUGGUCAAGGACCAGCUGACCGUCGUUCAGGCCGAGGCCGACUGUGUCCUCGUAUCCGAGCUCUCCGAGCCAGUCAACGUCGAGGAGGCCAACUCCAUCAUCGUGCACGGUUUAGAGACCCCCGCUAGCGACGUGAUCAUCCUUACGGUGCAGCCAGACGACGAGGUUGCAGCCGCCCCGGCCACCGUCGAUGACGAAGACGUGCGCAAAUUCCAGGACGACGACCGCACGGACCUGGUCAUUGUCACACCGCCGACUCCUCCCGUCGUGUCCGACGACGAGGAUGCCGCCGAGGAGGCCGACACGGAGGCCGAGUCCGAGGUGGUGGAGGUUAUUGAGAUCAGCUCCGACGGUCGUUGGGACACCAAGGAGCUCCCGCCCACCGAGGUGGACGAGGCCCUCCUGCAGCAGCAGCAGGACGCGGACGCCAGCUGCUUCCAGGAGUGCCCCGCAGAGGAGGCCAAGAUCAAGCACGCCGCCAUGGCCUACGGCUCUCAGUACUACGUCAACGCGGCUGGCCCCGAGGCCAAGAAGCAACAGCAGCAACAGCAACGCACCGUGGUCCACGUCAAUGCCGAGCCCCUCGACAGCGAUCCCGCGGACACGACGGCCGCCUCCGUCAGCAACAUCGGCACCCAAAUCAUGAAAAAGUACGAGGACGAUCGGCAGAAGGUCCGCGACAGCCUCAACCUCCCCGACGUCAGUCUCCUCGACAUGGACGAGUCCAUGGAGGACAUCGAGCGCGAGCGACGGCGCGUGAUCGUGAACCAGGCGGUGCGCGCCAAGAGGAUCAGCUCGUGGAUCAAGAGCAGCGACCAGCAGCAGGGCGAGCAGGAGGACGCCGUGCUGCUCCCCGAGGACGCCAACCUGCACCUCAACGAAGACGGCGAGGUGGUGUACGACUCGAUCCUGCUCAACAAGCAGAAGACCAAGAGCUACUGGGAGCAGCUCAUGAUGGCUGCCGCCGCGCCGGGCUCCCCGCCCGCGGCGCCCACGCCGACGGCGACCUCAACGCAGCAGCAGCAGCAGGCGGUGGCGCCGGCCCCGCAGGUGGCCGCCGUGGCGCCCCAGAGCCGCGGGGACAUGCCAUCGCUGGAGCAGGCCGGCAGCGAGGUCUCGGAGCAGGAGUACUUCGACGCGCGCUCCACCGUGUCACCCGGCGAGCCGCUCGACGACGACGGCCUGGGCCCCAAGGUGGUCGAGACGGUGGCCAAGGCGUGCCGCCGCCUGGAGCGGGAGAGCCACGUGGAGCGCGACAUCCGGCUGCAGCGCGAGCGGGAGGAGCAGGUGGCCCGCGAGCGCGAGGCGGCCCUGGACCUGCUCCGCGACGACGGCUUCGUCAGCAUCCCGACCUCCACGACGGACGAGGGUAACUGCUCCGAGUACGGCAGCGAGGAGAAGGAGCACAGCAUCGACGGCAGCAGCAGCCGAGUGAUGAGCCCCGAGGUUGGCGCGCUGCCCCCCGGCCUGCCCCACGGACUGCCCCACCACCACCACCAGCGCACCCAGUCCAUGGACUCCACGAGCUCGGGCCACUCCUCUGGCUCGGGCUCCGGCUCGGGCUCGUCGGCCUUCAUCGCCGGCCCCGGGCGGCGCCGCGUGACCGUUAAGCCCCUGGCAGAGCCCGAGGACCAGGACGCGCCCGCUUUCAGGCCGACCAACGAGACUCCGAUCGAAAAGGAGAUCCGGCUGACGCGCGAGCGAGAAGCGGAGCUGGCCCGGGAGAAGGCGCUGCGCCUCGGCAUCAGCACCCCAACGGCCGCGGACCAGACCAUCAUCAACAACAACACCAUCGGCAAGAACCAGACUACCACUACCGCCAACAACAACAGCAACAACAACAACGUCGAGGUGGCGGAGAACAAGGAGUCCGUGCGCAACGCCACGAACCGCAUUCAGCAGGAGAUCUCCCGUGCCAACGAGCGCGAACAGGAGCAUAGGCACUUGAAGGAGGGGCCGCAGCGCUUCAGCACGCCCGAGUUCCCGGGCCGUGUCAAGCUGAAGAAGGCCGUGUCCACGUCUCACCUGGCCAUCCUGUCGAGCGAGCAGACGCCGGCCCCCGCGACGCAGACCCCCGUGGCGAGGCCGCCACUGCGGCGACUCGGGUCCACCGCGCCCCAGGGCCUCGUCUCGUCGGCGCCGCCCUCCAGGGCGCCCCUGGGACGCUCCGUGUCCUCCAUGGCGCCCGCGGGCUCCCCGACGCUGCCCAGCCUGGCGUCGCUCACCCUGGUGACGCCACGGCGCUACGCGCCCCACCCCAGUCAGAAGGGAGUCAUGCAGAGGUUCCUCGCAUCCAGGGGCAAGGUGAACCCGGUCGGCUUGGUGAGCAACGGCCCUUCAUCCGGGUCGGGCAGCGUGUCGCUCCCACCCGUCCUACCCCUGUCGCCUACCUCGCCGCUCUCCCCCAUGUCCCCCGCGGUGCCGCUGUCGCCCGCCCAGGUGCCGUUGUCGGCCUCGUCCACGGCCAAGAUGUCGGCGCUGGUGGACGUCAACAGAGAGCCGGAGAGAGAGGAGCCUGCGCCCGCGCCGGUACGGCGGGGCUACACCUCGGCCGAGGACAAGAUCCAGGAAGAGCUGAAGGAGAUGAGACGGCGGGAGGAGGAGCUCAGGCUCCAGCGGGCGAGGACCUUUGCGCGCUCGCAGCCCAAUCUACUGUCGCUGCUGGACGAUGUGGACGGCCCGGACUCCACGACUCUGAACGAGAGUUCGCCAGUCAUUGACAAACUACCCGCUAUGGCAGCAUUGCGCUCCGCACUAUCUAAUCCCAAUCUGCUUGAUGAUGAUUCGCACCACAACGGUUUGGACUCACUCAAUGAGAAGGUAAGUUUUAGUCAUGCCCUUUUUUGCUUGGAAUGGUUUCUGUUGCAUUGAAUGAUUUUUAA